AUGGCAGUUGGUUUUUGGCCCAAUAGCACCCUCCCGAACAACCCGAAGACCAUCAUUACGGAGUUGGAGCGGAACAGUGAGAUGGAGGUGGAUGGCGACGCCGAGGAGACGGUGAUCGGCAACAAAGAAGGCUAUCGGGUCUGCUCCGACCAGUCCAUGCGCGAUUUCUCCACGCCGAGUCCACGACGGCGACGCCUGCUCCUUUCGACUGACAGCGCUUUCGCUGACACGGUUCUCCCCUCGCUAGUCAAGAACCCGUUCAUCGAGCUGCGCUUGAUCACGGACGAAUCCUCGGCGCUGCUGGUCGGCACAAACAAAAUCCCACAUUACACAGACUCGGUCGAUAGUACGACCUUUGACAAGAAGACCAGCGCCCGAAAAUGGCUCAAGGCGAAAACGGCCGAGCUAUGCGAGUGGGCGGAUAUGCUGCUGGUGGCUCCCAUUGACGCGGGCACUUUGGGGUCUAUGUUGGCGGGGUUAACCAACACAUUGACCCUGGCGCUGUUGAGGGGAUGGGUGUCCAGCAAGCCCGUAAUUUUUAUCCCGGGAAUGACUGUUUCAGAAUGGGAUCAUCCACUUAGUGCGCGACAGCUGGAAGAGAUCAACCGAUUCUGGCCCUGGAUCCGGAUCGUUCAACCCGUGCUCUGGAAGUCUAACGGACCAGAAGAAUUGACGCCACUGCCGUGGGAUGGGCUGCAAGAUCUGCACAGAAGUCUGGAAAAAGGCUUGAGUUUACCUCCAUGGGAGAGACCCUUUUCCCAAAGCUCUUCUAGUGUGAAGGUGACGCCAUCAUCUGGACUGGGUCCGCCAGCAAAGCCGUCGGGAUGUGAUACCGCAACGGCACUUCGCCAGCUUCAGACUCAUUGGCCAAAUCCAGAAACGAGAGUCCGCUCACUUCCCUUUGAGAUCUGGCUCAAUAUAUUCGAGGAUCAAUUAGGGGACUGGGAGAUUGCAAAAGCCGUGGGCAUCCCAACCAAUCUCCCAGUUCCUCAAGAAUGGCAGAGCCACCUCUUGAAGAUGUCCACGCCGGCGUCUCUUGAAUACACGAUUCUCCGGGGCUCGUUUGCCGCAAUGAAGAAACGCAUUGACAGCUUGCCUCGGUGGAAACCAUUAUCAGAUCUUGCCUGUCAUCUCAUUGUGAAAUUCUCCCGUACCGAUAUCCUCUCCUACCUCACCGAGAAUCACCUCGACCUCCUCUGGACUACAUCACGCCUUACAAACAUUCCCUACCGUGCGUCCGCCAUCUAUGGCAACCCCACUGUUCUCACCUGGUGGCGUGACGCACCCGCACUUCCUAAUAAAGAGUUCGCCGCCGACGCCAUGGACGGUGCCUCCCGCGCUGGCUUCACUCACGUUCUAGACUGGUGGCUACAUUCAGGUCUCCCGCUCCGGUACAGCGAGCGAGCCCUUGAGUCAGCCAGCGCCGAGGGCCGGGUCGCCGUGUUGGACUGGUGGAAGGCUGCAUCAGCGAAUGCACCCAUUCACAAGCCGAUCCCUCUCAAAGUAGGCAAAUCCGUCCUACUUGCUGCGCAAUCCGGGCGUAUCGCCUCCCUGGCCUGGUGGGAUGCCUCUGGUAUUCCAUACAGUCAUGCCGAGAACGUCACACGCAUUGCCAGUACGCACGGCCAUGUACAUGUCCUCGAUUUCUGGUACCGACUCAAAGGACCGAAGAUGAUUUUUGACAAUCAGGUCCUUGUCGGCCCCACGAAAAAUGGUCACGACCACGUUUUGCAAUGGUGGAAGGACUGCGGCUUGCGGGUCGAGUUUAAGACCUGCGAUAUUGAGGAAGCUCUAGAAGAUGCAGUUUCCGGUGCGGAUGGUCGCGUCCGUCGCUGGUGGGAGUGCAACGGCCUAAACCUUGGCGUUGGCACACGCGAGUGGAUGAAGACCAAGGUGCUUUAA